UUGGCAGCGGCGGUGUGCACCAAGGCUGGCAAGGCCAUCGUUUCACGACAGUUUGUCGAAAUGACGCGGACAAGAAUUGAAGGUCUUCUAGCUGCAUUCCCCAAACUGAUGAACACAGGGAAGCAGCAUACCUUUGUGGAAACAGACAGUGUCCGUUAUGUGUACCAGCCCCUGGAGAAGCUCUACAUGGUCCUUAUUACCACCAAGAACAGCAACAUCCUUGAGGACCUUGAGACACUCAGACUUUUCUCUCGCGUGAUCCCAGAAUACUGCCGGGUGCUGGAGGAGAGCGAAAUAUCAGAGCACUGUUUUGACCUGAUCUUUGCCUUUGAUGAGAUUGUGGCUUUAGGGUACAGAGAGAACGUCAACCUGGCUCAAAUCCGCACCUUCACAGAGAUGGACUCCCAUGAGGAGAAGGUUUUCCGUGCAGUUAGAGAGACUCAGGAAAGAGAGGCCAAGGCUGAAAUGAGGAGAAAGGCCAAAGAGCUGCAGCAGGCGAGAAGGGAUGCUGAACGUUCUGGCAAAAAGGGACCAGGUUUUGGUGGCUUUGGCAGUGGUGGCAUGAGCAGCAUCUCCUCAGGCUCUAUCAUCACGGAAACCAUCGUAGAACCUGAAAAGCCCAAGAUAACACCAGCUCCAGUCAGACCAAGUGGACCAAGUAAGGCCCUGAAGCUGGGUGCUAAAGGGAAAGAGGUGGACAACUUUGUUGAUAAAUUAAAGUCUGAAGGAGAAACUAUCAUGCCGUCCUCUGGGAAAAGAGGCUCAGAUGUUUCAAAAGCUCUACCAUCGCCAGUGAAUGUAGAGAGUGUACAUCUCCGUGUUGAGGAGAAGAUCUCGCUCACUUGUGGGCGUGAUGGUGGGCUGCAGAACAUGGAGGUUCUGGGCAUGGUGACGCUCCGAGUCACAGAUGACAAGAACGGACGCAUUCGCCUUGUUCUUGUAAAUAAUGACAGUAAAGGGCUACAACUACAAACGCAUCCCAAUGUGGACAAGAAGUUGUUCACCGCCGAUUCAGUGAUUGGCCUGAAGAACCCUGAGAAGUCCUUCCCUCUCAACAAUGAUGUUGGCGUCCUAAAAUGGAGACUACAGACCACAGACGAGUCACUUAUACCUUUAACCAUAAACUGUUGGCCUUCAGAAAGCGGCACUGGCUGUGACGUAAAUAUCGAAUACGAGCUGCAAGAGGAGAGCCUGGAACUCAACGACGUCGUCAUUACCAUACCAGUGCCGUCUGGUGUGGGUGCUCCUGUUAUUGGAGAUCUGGAUGGAGAGUACAAACACGACAGUAGGCGAAAUGUCCUGGAGUGGUGCCUACCUGUCAUUGAUGCCAACAACAAGACUGGCAGCCUGGAGUUCAGCAUUAGCGGGCAGCCCAAUGACUUCUUCCCCGUUAAUGUGUCCUUUGUGUCCAAACGCAACUAUUGCGACAUUCAGGUUGCCAAAGUGACCCACGUUGAUGGAGACAGCUCUGUUAGAUUCUCUUUGGAGACCUCCUUUGUUGUUGACAAAUAUGAAAUCCUGUAA